AUGCAGGUGAAGAGCUUGUAUGACCUGGUUGGCUACAAGCCGGGCCCCAGGGAGGCUUGGUUUGAUGCGUGGAACCUUCGACAGCUCUACACGUUUGCAUUUCGACGCCAGAGAGAUUGCGAGCAGCGUCAGCAGCAACCCCGGGACCCUCGCAUUCGGGCGUUGUUUGCCACCAUCAAGGAGAUCAGGGACCAGUGGACUCAGCCGCAAGAGUGGGCAUAUUCAUGUGGUGAUGGUCCCUCUAACCCCCCAGCCAAGCUUGAGGAUGAGUGCUUUGAGAACUCUUGGGAGCGUGAGCACGUGACAGCAAAUGAAUUUCGUCGAAGGAAAUCCUCUCAAAGUGUGUUGGCCAAGUCUGACUCGUCGCUGAAGGUCCCAGAAUCCCCAGGCCAGGAUCAACCCUUUGACAUCGACAAAGUGGAGAUGACAGAGGAGCAGCGUAAGAUGUUCAAUGAUGUUCUUGCGGACAUUGAAGCUUUGGAGAUCAACACAGCCUCCCCCAGUCAGGUCACAGCCCGAGCCGUCAGCGAGCAAAGCUCAGCUUUGCCUAUGCCCGCACUCCCAGCUCCCAAGGUUAGUGAUCCAACACAGGCGGAAACACAACCAAUGGAUGAAUCCAUCAAUGUCAACAAGGCAGCAGAUCCACCUGCCGACAAGGAUGGUGCCGAUGUGGAUGAUGACGGAGUCACUCCUCAACAGCAAUCUGCUCUCCGCACUGCGAUGAAGAAAUCUAUGAGAAGGGGCCGUAAGAAGGGUUCGAAAAAUAAGAGCAAAGGCAAGAGCAAGAAAAAUAAGACAGGCAAAGGCAGCAAAGGCGAUGCAGAAAACACGGAGAAAAAACAGGCCAAAACCAAGGGUGACAAGCCAAAGACUGGGAAGAAACCUGGGACAUCGACAAGCAAGCACACAUCAAAAACAUCUAAGAAGUUUGCUCUGAUGAAUGGUGUGGGCGUUACCAAGGCUGAUGGGGAGGGGGCAACCCGCAAGCGUCGCAAGACCAGCUCACACCCUUCCCAAGGGCGGGUGAAUGUUGGGACCUCUUGGAUGUAUGAAGUGCUGGAAGGACAAGUUUAUGGAUGCGCCAAUUGCCGUUGCAUUUUCAACGGCUGUGGCAUGUGUAGGAAGGCAGGUUUCCGGGGAAAAAAGGCGGAGCAUUUCCGCAAUUUGCAGCAGCAGCAGAAGCAGCAGCAGCAACAGCAUGUUGACAACAUGCCAGCAGAUCAGCCCAAAAAGCGCACCAAAGCAGCCAAGGCCGAAGGAAAAAAGAAAACCAGCCCAGCCAAAAGUGUGUAG